AUGUUCUCUGUUGCACGUAUCACCGACAAUGAUUUUCCGCUGGAUCGACGUUCAUGUCAAUUACUUGGUCCGACUGCCUUGGUUGUACAGGCGCUCAUGGGCGUGCUCGUAAUACUUUCGCUUGUGUAUAAGAGGCAUCGUGAAACGCAGAAACGACCUUGGAGAAUAUGGCUCUUUGAUGUAUCGAAGCAAAUUGUUGGACAGAUGUUUGUACAUGGCGUCAAUGUUCUGAUUUCCAACCUUGGUUCACAUCAUAAUGCUGGCAAUGCCUGCACUUACUACUUUCUCAAUGUCCUCAUUGAUACCACUCUCGGUGUUGCUAUUAUAUAUGUCGUGCACCAUGGUAUCACAUACCUCUUGGCAAAGAGACUCCGCCUCAAAGGCUACGAGUCGGGGCAGUAUGGUUCCCCACCGUCGAUAUCCUAUUGGGCGCGUCAGGCCGCAGUCUACGUUUUUGCGUUGACGACAAUGAAGAUGCUUGUUGUAGGGUUGUUUACAGUGUGGCCAGAGAUAUCGAAAGUGGGGGACUGGUUGCUCAGUUGGACUGCUAUCGGUGACAGUGAUGCCUUUCAAAUCAUAUUCGUCAUGGGUCUCUUCCCUAUCAUUAUGAACAUCCUUCAAUUCUGGCUCAUUGAUUCCAUUGUUAAAGCUUCUUCAAGCUCAGUCGAACUUCUCACCAAUUCAUCUGACGUGCAUGAUCGAGAACCACUCUUUCAUGCACCAGAAGAUGAUGAGGACAACGUUCAUUGCGACAUAGAGAAUCCUCGACUCACUUAUGCAAGGAUGCCAACUGGAGAUGACGCAGACACGAUAGUUGCAUCUGAAGAGUCUAAGGGAAAAUACAGUGGAACCGGCUCUCCUUUAUCGAUACCCCACUCUACAACUUCUUUGGUGCCGCAUGAUUAUCCUCCAAGCGUUGGAAGUCUAUCGUCGAGUCACAGUUCCCGCUCUCGGUACAAGUACAAGCGUUCUCCGCCACCUCCACUUGAGUUUCAAACAUCUCAUAUGCCGGCAAUCAACUCCCCCGAUCCACCUCGAUCGCAUCUAACUGAUGUUGACCACAGCGCAUCGGAAAGAGAGGAUUGUGAUGGGCGAGUAUCGGAUGAGGAGCGGACACGGAUAGAACACACCAAAGGUAUUGUCAACAAGAUUUGGCGCCGUACACUUGGGAGCUUGUGA